GAUAAUAUCCAAUAAGAAAAUGCAUUCCUUAUAAUUUUGUAGAACUAAAAUUAACUCUCAAUCAAAUAGAAUAAUUGAUGUAAAUCUGUAAUAAAAAUCUAUAUAUCGUAAUCAGACAAAAACUUAUUUAUAAAAUGUCUUUUUCGAAAGAGGAUGAUAUUAUUGAAAUAUCAAAUGUAUCGGAUGAUAAUUUUUCGACACAAUUUGAUCCACCAGCUGUAAAUCAAUCCAUUUCUGCUUCACUAAAAGCUACUUCAACAUUAGCACUUGCUACUUCGGCAUCAUCAUCAUCAUCGUCAUCAUCAUCAUCAUCAUCAUCAUCAUCAUCAUCAUCAUCAUCAUCAUCAUGA